UGUCGUCCCAGUAAUUUAGUAAGGUAGCUAACUAGAUAGGUGAUACUUAGUUACGCACGCAGUUACUUGAUUUUUUAUUUAUGAACAAACAGGUUCUGUUUUAUGGUACGUAUACGCAUGCGGAUACAAGUCUCCCAAUGAUGACAUUUGCAGUUGUGAGAGGUUGCUGCUGGUAGCGUAACAGGGUGCUUGCUAGCUCUUUUGGCUAAACCUAGGUUUGUAAACGGGCUCUGGUAGGACCUUGGGAUACGGAUCACAGGAUUACACCUAACUGUAAAUACAUAACCGACAGCAUAUCAUAAACGGUCACAUUUUUGGUAAGUUCCUUUCUGUGGCUCAACUGAAAGAUGGUGAAGCCAGACAUCCACACUCUGGCCCACCACCUGAAGCAAGAGAGGCUGUAUGUGGCUUCAGAGAAGCAGCUUAUCCAACGGCUCAAUGGUGAGGUGCUGAAGACAGCGGAGAAGUUGUAUCGUGCAGCCUGGAUAGCCAAGCAGCAGAGGAUUAACCUCGACCGCCUCAUCCUCACCAGUGUGGAGGCCUCCCCAGCUGAAUGCUGUCAGCAUGCCAAGGUUUUAGAGGACACACAAUUUGUGGAUGGCUAUAAGACCCUGGGCUUUCAGGAGAGCAUCUAUGGAGAGUUCCUUGGGCGGCUGAGGGAGAAUCCACGGCUGGUAGCCUCCUGUCUUGUUGCCGGAGAGAGGCUAAACCAGGAACAUACACAAGGAGUGAUCCAUACUGUUUUUACCUCUCUUUAUGGCAACUGCAUCAUGCAAGAGGAUGAGAGCUACCUGCUACAGGUCCUACGUUACCUGAUUGAAUUUGAGCUUAAGGAGAGUGAAAACCCUCGUCGUCUGCUGCGACGGGGCACGUGUGCCUUUAGUAUCCUUUUCAAGCUUUUCUCUGAGGGCCUGUACUCUGCCAAACUCUUCCUCACUGCCACUUUACAUGAGCCCAUUAUGCAGCUGCUGGUGGAGGAUGAGGACCACCUGGAAACUGACCCAGCAAAGCUGACUGAGCGAUUUACUCCAGCCCAACAAGAACGCCUGUUUGGGGAGAAGGGCUCCGAUACUUACCGCCAAAAGGUACAGGCGGCUGUGGAAGCCAACGAAGCCAAGCUAGUGGCCCUGGUCAACUCCUUUAUUGGCUACCUGAAGCAGAAUACCUACUGCUUCCCUCAGAGUUUGCGGUGGAUUGUGUCUCAGAUGUACAAGACACUAGCACGGGUGGAGAGGCUGGAUGUCAGCGAGGUAAAAACCAUGUGUACAGACCUGCUGCUGACCUGCUUCAUCUGCCCAGCCAUUGUGAAUCCUGAACAGUAUGGAAUCAUCUCUGAUGCUCCCAUCAAUGAAGUGGCACGCUUUAAUCUCAUGCAGGUUGGACAGUUAUUGCAGCAGUUAGCCAUGGCUGACACAGAUGAUGGAGAUCCUCGACGCAAAAGCGGUUUAUCAAAAUUUGAUAAGAGUUGUGUUGCUGCCUUUUUGGAUGUUGUGAUUGGUGGAAGAGCUGUGGAGACCCCUCCCAUGUCAUCAAUGAACCUUUUAGAAGGCCUCACACGAACUGUGAUCUAUAUCACACAUAAUCAGCUCCUGGCAUUGGUGGACUUUGUGCGGAGUGUGACUGCAGGGGACCAGCUCAGAGAGGAAGACCACCUAGCGCUGGAGACCCUGCUAGCUAGUGUACCACAGUCUCGCACGAUCAAGAGCAACAGCUUGGAGCUCACACCUUCCAGUACGCCCCAGCUUUCCCCAGCUACUACACCUGCCAACAAGAAGAACAGGCUACCCAUAGGACAACAGUUAGCUGCCAUAACGUGUUGGGAUUCCUCUGCCACAGCCCUGUCAGCUCAUAUUCCUUUAGUAACCCCAUUUGCAUCCUCACGUAGCCGAUCCCGCUCCAACAUUGCUCAAGACAGUGAGCCUGAUGCUAGCUCCCAAGACUCUCAACAGGAGGUCACGCCUGAAGAGGUGCUCGUCAUCUCGUUAGGAACUUCCCCUCAAACUGUGCCUGGAAUGAUGUCGGAGAACGAGGUGCUAAACUUGCAGCUGUCAGAUGGAGGUCAAGGAGACGCUCCAGCUGAUGAGACAAAACUGCAUGGAAAACCUGACAAAACCCUGCGCUUUUCUCUCUGCAGUGACAAUCUGGAGGGUAUCUCUGAGGGUCCAUCUAAUCGUUCCAACUCCGUCUCAUCUCUGGACCUGGAAGGGGAAUCUGUGUCAGAACUAGGCCCAGGACCAUCAAGCAGCAAUGGUGUUGAGGCUCUGCAGCUACUAGAACAUGAGCAAGCCACCACGCAGGAUAAUCUGGAUGAUAAACUCCGCAAGUUUGAGAUUCGGGACAUGAUGGGCCUGACAGAUGAUCGAGAUAUUUCAGAGACAGUCAGUGAAACCUGGAGCACUGAUGUCCUUGGCAGUGAUUUUGAUCCCAAUAUGGAUGAGGACAGACUCCAGGAAAUAGCUGGGGCUGCUGUUGAGAAUAUGCUGGGGAGUCUACUGUGUUUGCCAGGGCCUGGCUCCGUUCUUUUGGACCCCUACGGGUCUACAAUAUCUGAGACAACAAGUGAGGCCUGGAGUGUGGAGGUUUUACCCAGUGACUCAGAAACUGCAGAUUUAAAGCAGGAGGAACGUUUGCAGGAGUUGGAGAGCUGCUCAGGGGUGGGCAGCACUUCAGAUGACACUGAGGUCAGAGAGGUCAGCUCCCGACCAAGCACACCAGGGCUAAGUGUUGUCUCAGGUAUCAGUGCAACAUCUGAAGACAUCCCUAACAAAAUUGAGGACCUGCGUUCAGAAUGUAGCUCAGACUUUGGAGGCAAAGACUCUGUGACCAGUCCUGAUGGAGAGGAAUCUACACAUGCAGCACACACUCUUUCCUGUGCCCCUGCUCAAGCAGAUUCUCUGCUAGCCAUGUUUGAUCCCCUUUCUUCUGGAGAAGGCUCAUGCACUAGCACCAUUGUUAGACCCAAGGUGCACUACGCCAGGCCCCCUCACCCUCCCCCAGACCCCCCCAUCCCAGAGACCAGUGCCAUGGGACCAUCUGAGCCACGUCCCUCACUCUUUGCACCCCACUACCUGGCCCAGUCUGAGCUGGAGCACACCAAGCAAAGGCACUCGUACCCUGAGCGUCUGGUCAGAAGCCGCAGCACGGAUGUAGUAUCUGCAGGACGCAGACCCAACAGUGACCCAGGCCUAAACCGCAGGACCAUGAUGGAGGAGAGGGACCAGGUGGGCGUCUAUUCAACAGGACCCACAGCCUCUCCGAGCAAAGACUCACUACGAGUAGAGGCUGAAGACAGAAAGGACAGUGAUGAUGAGAAAUCUGACAGAAACAGACCCUGGUGGAAGAAACGCUUUGUUCCUGCCAUUCCUAAAGUGCUCUAUUGGACUGCAGAGAGUGAAAUCCCAGCACCAAUUGCAGCGUUCCGAAAGCGGGACAAGCAGGAAAAAGACGAUUUAGCAGCAGAGAGGGUCCCUCUAGGUACAUCAGAUGAGCCUUCAUUACCAAGGCAUGGCUGUCAUGCUCAAGCAGCAGAGGACAUAUUGGAUAAAUAUCGGAACAUCAAGAGAACUAGCCCUAGUGAAGGGGCAACAGCUGCGGCCUAUGAUGGACAAGAUGUGUGUAGAGAGGGUGAAAAUGAACAUGACUCCCCUAGAGAAGAGGGCCUGCAGAACAUCUCUACAGAUGACCUGCCAGACUCUGCCAGUCAGACAGCGCAACCUCAGGACAAGUUCUCCUUCAGUGAUGCUAAGAAGAAAUUACGGUUGGCUCUGUGCUCUGCAGAUUCUGUUGUUUUUCCUAUUAUACCUCCUGUAACUACACGGAAUGGCCUCCCUGAUCAUACAGACCCUGAGGACAAUGAGAUUGUAUGCUUUCUAAAAGUACAGCUGGCAGAGGCCAUUAACCUGCAGGAUAAGAACCAGAUGGCUCAGAUCCAGGAGACCAUGCGCUGCGUCAGUCGACUUGACCCCCGGACCUGCAGAAAACUGCUCACUGCCAUCGCAGAGGACUACAGAAAGCGGGCUCCAUACAUAGCAUAUCUGACACGAUGUCGGCAAGGGCUGCAAACGUCUCAGGCUCAUCUAGAGAGGUUGCUGCAAAGGGUACUUAGAGAUAAAGAAGUGGCCAACCGCUACUUCACCACAGUCUGUGUCCGACUGCUUCUGGAACACAUGGAGUCCAAAAUGCAGGAUUUCAUCAGAGCAUUUCAGGGCUUCACAGCGGCUGAUGAUAAGACUGCAGCCGUGGAAGAUUUCCUGCGUUACCUGUACGGUGCCAUGGCACAUGAUGCCAUCUGGCAAUAUGCCAGCGAGGAGCAGCUCCAGGAUGCUCAGAUGGCCAUUGAACGCAGUGUCAUGAACCGCAUCUUCAAACUAGCCUUCUACCCCAAUCAGGAUGGAGACAUUCUUCGAGACCAGGUCUUGCAAGAGCAUAUUAAUCGUCUGUCUAAAGUUGUGACUGCCAACCAUAAGGCUCUUCAGAUCCCAGAGGUGUAUCUAAAGGAGGCUCCAUGGCCCUCAGCACAGGCUGAGAUUAGGACAAUCAGUGCAUAUAAAACUCCACGAGACAAAGUACAGUGCAUCCUGCGCAUGUGCUCCACUAUCAUGAACCUGCUCAGCCUGGCCAAUGAGGAUGCUGUGCCUGGAGCCGAUGACUUUGUGCCUGUGCUUGUAUUUGUCCUCAUCAGGGCAAACCCGCCCUGCCUUCUGUCCACCAUUCAGUAUAUCAAUAAUUUCUAUGCCAGCCGGCUGAGCGGGGAGGAGUGCUAUUGGUGGCUGCAGUUCACGGCCGCUGUGGAAUUCAUUAAAACCAUCGAUGAUCGCAAGUGAAGCAGAACAGCCACCUGCAUGGGCAGACUGUAGGAAGGAGAGAGAGAGAAAAAGAGAAAAAGAUGAAACAUCCCAACCAACUGCUCUCUCCUUCACCAAACCCAAGCAGCAAGGCAGGCUCUCGCUUUGCUUAGUCAAAUCUGUAUAGCUGUACAUAGAGCCGCAGACACAUUUCAAAAGGAGAAAUAAAGUAUACACAGUUACAUGGGGUGAAACAGGUGUGUCUUACUGUCAAGAGGGGGAAAUGGCUCAGACUGACCGUAAGUGAUUUCAGAAUUUUGGACUGCAUCUUGUAUUUGUGAGAUGUGGUGGCAGGGUUACUAGAAGUUUUUUUGUUUUUUUUUGUUUGUUUUUUUUUUAAUCAUCAAAGGUUGCUUGGUUAUUUAAAAAACUGGAUGAACUAAAAAAAAAGGGACCUGCCUUCUUAGGUAAAUUGUACAAUCUUCUCUCAUUUAAAACCCUCUAUCAGUACAGAAUAGUAGAGAAAGCCAAAAUAUCAUUGCAGUGGUUUGGUUAUCACAUUAAUAUGCUAAUACAGUAUUUGAGAUUGCUACUCUCAUCAAAUGUUUGAACAGGGCAGCUUAAAAAAUGAAUGUAAGCUGGUGUUUGCAUUGUUCAUUUCUUCAAAGUCAUUCUCAUGUGGACAAUUUGGAAAUAAGGGCCCACAUAUUUAUAUAAAAUAAAAGUAUAUUUAUUGCUUUCCUCCUGUAUUUAAUCAUUUUCUUUAUACAUAAUGUAGUUUAGUAAACUGAUCAUUGGAGAUGACAGUGGAAUUAAUGCACUGUGGAGAUGAAAAGAAAAGUUGCAGGUUGGAGUAAAAAGAUUUGAAAUUAACUAAGAGCUGAGAAAACUGGGUUCUUGUGUUAACACAAUAGCAUAUUCUGUUUACGAGCCUACAUCAGUGCCUUCAAAUUUCAGUUCUUUGUUACUCUAGUUUCUAAUUUUAGUGUUGGUUUGGAUUUUUAACCAUCUCUUCUGCCCUUAUUGUGCGGUCAGUUCUGUGAAAGCUCUUAUCGGUCUGUGUUUAAGAUACUUCAGAUUUAACUGGACUGAAAAUGCAAUUAAUUGAUUCCCCAUUAUGUUCUUUGUUGUAUAGGGACAGUGAUAUAAGAUCAAUAUAAAAUCAACAGGGGAAUGUCAUUAAGAGGCUCCUUUUUCUUUUGCUCACCUGUGUGUGUGUAUACUGUUGAAAAGUUUAAAAUACCUUUAUAAAAUAAUUAUGUUUAGAUAAAUUUUGAGUUCAGAUAAGUGUGACAGCUGUGAAAAUUCUGGAAAAAUCCAUUAUCAAGAUAAUCAAGGACUAAUGAUCAUUAUUAAUUACAAAACAUGGGGUAAAUACAGUUAAUAUUGUAUAUGUAAUAUUGUUCACUGUAGCUACCUCGUGACAACAUUGUCAGAGAUGCUUUAUAUUCACAUAUUCAUCAGUCAUAAUCAUCCUAACCAUUAUAUGAAUUAUGUAGUGCACUGGGACUAAUAAGAUGGGGUUAUGUGCUAUCCUUUUGUGUGUAUUGGUCAAGUAAUUACAUCUAGAGUAAAUAUUUUUGUUUUUAGAUCUAUUUUGCUGACCAAUCAGUGUUUGCAUGUGUUUGAAAUCAGAAUGUUUAAAAUAGAACACCACCCAAGGUUCAGUGCUGACUUUGGUUUAAACCAUGUACGCUGAAUGGCCAGUCUACCUCCUCGUCCUUUUAAAAGGGACUGUAAAGUGUAAUGCCUUCUGUUCUUUUGUCGUUAUACUUCUGUAUUUUCUUCCUUUUCCUUAUUUGAAUGAUGCAUGAAGCAUACUUUUUGCUAAUAGUUACUAACGCCAUGUAGAGUCAUUCUCUGUCCUCGCAUAUACAGCACUAACAGCCAAAGCCCUUAUUUGCAGUAUACAAGAAAGAAAUCUUUUUUUGUGGAUUACAUGAUUGACCAUCAAAUCUUUCUUCAGUGUUGUGUCCAUAAAUACUGACUACUUGCAGCGCAUCAUGGUAUAGCAUUUUGUCUCACUGUUUGGGAGCAUAAUACCAAAGCAGUUUGGUAUUUUGGUUUUCAUAGUGAAUUAUUGUAAGAUAAAAAAAAAGCAGUCAAGUUCUAAUCAAGAAAAGGCCUGUGUAAAAAAUUCUUUAAUAUAACUAAUUUAAACGAAAGUGUAUUUGAAGUGUGUAUACACAAAUACAAUAUAUGCACCUUGAUUUUA